AUGCAGCUGGCCAAUGACGGGCGGCCCAUCCCACCGUUCCAGCGGUGGAGCUUUACACGGCCGCGCUACGCGCAGUACUUGGCCGACAUGGCCGCGGUGCACUGCGCCAUGGAGGACGCGCUGCACCAGGCCCUGGGAGGCGGUGCCGGCGGUGGCGGCAAUGACGCGGUUGGCCCCAGCGGUCCUGUGCGAGCGGCGCUGGGACGGCUGGGGGCCAGCAGCGGGCUGCAUCGCGGGGAGCAGCUGCGGCUGGACCUCGCGGCCCUGGUCGCUGCGGGAGGCGGCGGAAACGGGGGCGGCAGCGGCGGCGGCAGCGGCGGCGGCGGCUCCACGCCUCCCACAGUCAGCGGCAGCAGCGCGGCGUUUGCAGCCUACGUGACGCAGCUGGGCGGCGCCGCGCGCUCCCAAGCCGGCAGCGCCGCCGAGCGUGACCGCGCCGCGCUGCGGCUGCUGGCCUGCGCCUACAGCCUGCUGGUCGGGUUCAUGUCCACCGGCGCGCGCGUCGGCGCGGCGGCGGCCGAACGCGCGGGCGCGGCGGCGGCGGGUGCCCUGCAGUGCUACACGGCGUACCCCUCCCUGGACAAGCGCGACCCCGCGGCGGCGCUGGUGGCGGCGGUGGACGCGGCGGGGGCUGACCUGUCGCAAGAGCAGCGCCAGGUGUUGUAUGACGAGCUUCCGCGCGCCUUCCCCAAGGCGGCGCUGAUCGUGGCGGCCCUCGCCCACAAGGACUAG